UUUUUGGUUCCAUCAUUUAGAAGAAUCCUUCCUCCUCUGAGCGCGCGCCAGCUGUUCUGUCCUCCAUCACGUUCUCGUCGCUUCCACGGACUCAGCCCGUCCUUUAAAAGGAGAGCUGCUCUUUAUCCACAAACACGCCGCAGAAAGCAGCCGAGGCGACCUGACCGACACUUUUCCCCACAUUUUCGCCCAGCUCUCCCUCACUCCAUGGCUCCGUGGGUCGUCCUGCUCUGCUUUCUGCUCGCUGCGCUCUUCAGCCAAGGGAUGGGGCAGAUUUCCAUAGAGGACUGCUGUAAGGAUGGCCAGAAGCGUGGCACAGACAACGAAGACUGCACAUCUCUUCCUCUCAUUUCUGAGUCAACCACCUGCAGGAUAGUGCAAGAGCAGUGCUGUGUUACAGUGCUCGAGGACAACAUGUGCACCACUGGUAUCAACAUGGCCAAAUACCAGGGAGCCUGUGAGUCUCUCUUUACCAACACCUGUGAGAACAAGACUACAAAGGUGUGCUGUGACUGCUGUCUCCUGGGUAAGGAAACACGGGAGCAGGGCUUGCCGUGUGAUCACAGCCUGUCUGUGGGCUACCAGUGUGGUCUCGUGUCCCGGACCUGCUGCACGGAUGGAACGUCAGACAACCAGACCUUGCCGACAGUAGCUAUAAAUAACCAGAAAUCCUCUGAUGAUAAAGAAGAUAAUCCUUUAUUGAAUGAUCAGUGCAAAGGGAGUUGUGCUCAGCAGUGUUUGGGUAACGGAACAUGUGCCUGCUUCAGCGGCUAUAAACUGAAACCAGACAGAAAGAACUGUUAUGACAUCAACGAGUGUCUGCUGGGGAGCAGUAACUGUCGGACAGGAGAGCGUUGCAUCAAUACUCUUGGCUCUUUCCGUUGCCAGAGAGAGACCAGCUGUGGGACUGGCUACGAACUCACUGACACCAACCAUUGCAAAGAUAUUGAUGAAUGUGAGACUGGUAUCCAUAACUGUGUCCCAGACUUUGAGUGUCAAAACACCCAGGGGUCAUUCCGUUGUCUUCCCAGGGUCAGGUGUAGUGCCGGCUUUAUCCAGGAUGCUCUGGGUAACUGCAUUGAUAUAAAUGAAUGCAUUACCCAGACAAGCCCCUGCCACAGAGGACAGAUUUGUAUCAACACCGUAGGGUCCUACUUCUGCCGGAGGAACUCUAUAAACUGUGGUCGAGGGUACCACCUCAAUGAUGAUGGCACACGCUGUGUUGACAUUGAUGAGUGUCAAGAACCUGAUAAAGUCUGUUCAGGCCAUACUUGUAUCAACAUGGUGGGCUCCUACCGCUGUGAGUGUGAAGCCGGGUACAUCUUCAACAGCAUCAGUCGGACUUGUGAAGAUAUUAAUGAAUGCCGACACUAUCCUGGCCGCCUGUGUGCCCAUAAAUGUGAGAACACACUUGGAUCCUACAAAUGUAGCUGUACGACAGGCUUCAAACUAGCUGCAGAUGGAAGGAACUGUGACGAUGAAAAUGAGUGUGACAGCAACCCAUGCAGUCAAGAGUGUGCCAAUGUGUACGGCUCCUAUCAGUGUUACUGCCGUCGCGGUUACCAGCUCAGUGACAUUGAUGGCAUGACUUGUGAAGAUAUCGAUGAGUGUGCUUUGCCCACUGGAGGUCAUAUUUGCUCUUACCGGUGUCACAACACCCCUGGCAGCUUCCACUGUUCCUGUCCUGAUAAUGGUUACAAUUUGGCCCCCAACGGACGCAGUUGUCAGGAUGUUGAUGAAUGUGUGACUGCGACACACACAUGCACAGUGAACCAGAGCUGCUUUAAUGUGCAGGGAGGAUUUCGAUGCCUUUCCUUCGAUUGCCCACCAAACUAUCGCAAAUCUGGAGAGACAGUGCCAAGAGUUCAACGCUCUGACACUAUUCGCUGCAUAAAGUCCUGCCAGCCCAAUGACGUCGCCUGCAUCCUGAGCCCAAUCCACACAGUGUCCCACACCGUCAUCUCCUUACCCACCUUUAGAGAGUUCACAAGGCCAGAGGAGAUUGUUUUUCUGCGUACCACGGUGCCGGCCUACGCCAACUAUCACUUCAACAAUUAUGAUGUCAAGUUUGACAUCUUGGAGGGUAACGUGGAGAACGCCUUUGACAUUGUCAAGAGGAUAGAGCACGGAAUGUAUGUGGGUGUUGUGCGGCAGGUGAACCCUCUGAUUGGUCCAUUGCAUACUGUGCUGAAGUUGUCAAUGACAAACCUGUCAAACCAGGGGGUCUCCCACCAGAACAUCAUCAACGUCCAUGUGUUUGUCUCCGAAUUCUGGUUCUGAGACUCCAGUGUCACGUUGUACCAACAUUGUUAAUACUGUACACAUUGAUUAUGUUCGAUCAAUGAGAAAGAGCAAUCUUGGAAUGAGUUAAAGUUAUAUUUCUGUUUACCUUCAACCUGGCAAGCAACAUGUUGCUUCUAAUAAGAGCAUGCUAAAACAUUAAGCCUGAAAUGCACUCCAGCGUUGCAUCUGGCAUAACACAGGUCAACAAAUUUAACAAAUAUAUAAAAGUAAAAAAAACAAAAAACUACCUUUAUUCUUAAAAGACAGACAAGAAAUAAUAUAUCCAAAGUGUGUUUGAAACAGAUGGUGCAUGCCUUUAGAAAAGCAAGUGAUGAUAUGAUGGUCAAAUCUAACAAUAGUCUCUCAUGACAUUGUAAGCCUUGUUUUUGUAGCAUUCACACUCAGUUUUGCCGUACUUUCAUGUUUUAUGCAUUGGUUAAUGUAUUUUAUUUGUAUGGAAUAAACACUAUUUUAGCUACA